AAUCGGCAUCUCGUCAAGACUCCGCAGCCUCUCCAGCACAGCCCAAACAUGGUCGCAAGACUGUUUCUCGCACUGACGGUGACGGCAUGGUGUUGCUACCUGGUGGCAUCCCAGGUGACCUUCUCAAGGGACUGGAGCCCAGGAAAACGCAGUCCCGAGCCUACUUGUGCCAAACAUGCUGCCUCCAUCUGCCAGAUCCUCGUGAACGAACUUCGUCAACUGGCAGCGUGUGAAAUGAAGUCCCUGCUGCGAUACCACGCCGAAGAAGUGAAUGUUCCCCAAGAAAUUUACAUUGACGGAAAUGGUGGAAGAUAAGCUGUUAUAAUUUUAAAACGAAAAUAAAGUAAAUUGAAUUGUUUAAAAGAUGUGUAAAUAACUGACUGAAUUUUAAUUAUACUGUUUUUCCUCAAUAAUAAUUUACAGGCAGAAAUAAA